UGGCGUGGUUGCUUUUCACUAGCAAAUAGAUAUCCUGGUCAUAAAUAUGGAUGGACUUUGCUCUCUCUCUCGAAUUAGAAUUUGAGAGAAAGAGGGGGGAGGGGGGAGAGAGCGAGGGAGAGGAAACAGAGGAGAAACGAGAACUAAUCUUUGUCAUAUAAUCCUGAAUUAGUCUGACAGGUUGGUUGAAUCUGAUUCCACAGCAGCAGGUUCUCACAGCUAGAAUCAUCAUGUUGACUAGGGCUUGCCUGAGAAAAAUGAAACCAAACUCUCCAUACUUAGACAACUUUCUCAACACUGGUGAACAUCCUGAGGAUCAAAGAACAUAUGUGAUGUUCCAUGGCACCUCAAUAGAGGCUGCAGAGAUGAUUAAGAAGAAUGGCUUCACACCAUCAAGAGCAGAUAUCAGCAUGCUUGGUGCCGGUGUUUAUGUUACACGGGACAUUCAAAAAGCCUGUAAUUACCCUCCUGGUGUUUCCAAGUCUAAGAGAAGAGUACUAAAAGUCAGAGUGGAUGUUGGGAAGGUUAAGAUCAUAGACCAGCAGGAUCACCCCAUGCAGAAGACCUGGCAUACCGAGCAUGGAUAUGACACCGCCUGGGUUCCACCAGGGGUCGAUAUGGUAGAAAGCAACCGACAGGAGAACUGUGUCUACGACCCAAAGAGAAUCAAAGUCAUGGAGGUCAUGAAAGUAAACAAAAAGACCAUAUCUAGAUACCGUCAUCUUCAGAGUGGAGUCUCCCCUGAGGACAGCCACGUCUACGUGAUGUAUCAUGGAACAUCAAAACAGGCUGCAGUAAAAAUACAGAGAAAUGGAUUCCAACCUUCCAAAGAUGGCAUGCUUGGUGCGGGUGUCUACCUCAGUCGAGACAUCAGAAAAGCCAUUAAAUACCCCAUUGGUGCUAAUGACUCAGACAGGAUGGUUCUGAAAGUAAAGGUGGAUGUUGGCAGAGUUAAAGUCAUUAACGAACAGGGUUACGACAUGCAAUACAACUGGCAUACUAAGCAUGGGUAUGACACUGCCUGGGUUCCACCUGGUUUUGGCAAACAAGAGGAAGACUGUGUCUACGACCCAAAGAGAAUCACAGUGUUGACAAUGCUGAAACUGUCCACCAUGAAAAUGUUAAACCCGUCACUGUAGAACUGAUGGCGUUCUGCAUUCAGUGGGAGCAUCCAGCAUCACUUCAUGGUCAUCAGAAGAGGAUGGUUAGAAUCAGAGAGUCCCAUAUGAUACAGCUCAUAGGAAGUAGAAGCUGAUGAUUUGACAUGGCAAUCUAUAAGCAAUCAAUCAUAUAACCUUAUAUCAAAUAUUCAUAUUUACUUGAUGUAAAUAAUGCAUACGUAACAAUGAUCCUUGUUCCUAUAAUAAAAUCUCAAAUAAACAAGUUUCACACA